AUGGCGUCGGCUUACAUUCUCGCCGUCUACUUUGUUGUAAUUGUCUUUGCCGGCCUUCAACUUAAACAGAAAGUCAAAGCCCUCAAGUCUCCUCUGAGGAAACUCCCUGGGCCAUGGUACGCUCCUCUGACCACAUUGCAUCUGCGCUAUCUCUUCUCAACCGGCACCAUCUGGAAGUUAGUUGAGAGAAGCCACAACAAGUAUGGGUCUAUUGUUCGACUCGGUCCUCGACAAGUCUGGAUCUCCGACAAAGAGGCUAUGAAGGAGAUUUUGAUCAAGACGGAUCUUCCCAAAGUUGCCAUGUAUGCUGAAAUCUCCAGAGAUAAAUUCAGCCCCGGGCUGUUUGGAGAGAUGCGCCUCAAGCGUUUCCUAUCUCCGGCGUUCACGGUUAACUAUAUCGAUAACCUCGAAACAUUCUUUAAGAGCACCGUUCGUGAUGUUCUCAACAAGUACCAGACCCAUAUCAAGGAAGACCCGGUGUACAAUGCCAAAAACGGUAUCGAGGUUGACCUGAUGGAUGACCUUCAUAACGUGGCCCUUGACAUCAUGGGAGAGUGUUCAUUCGGAAAGGGAUUUGGCCAAACCAACCCCGACAGCUUAAUCGAAGAUGGGGUUGAUGAACGGAUUUGGAAGUCUAUUCCUCGCUCGAUUUUCGAUGGCCUUAGCAAGCGGUACCAGUCUGUCUAUGUCAAAAAGUUCUUCCGCGCUCUGGGAAUCGACCUGCAGUUCGACUGGCCCGCGGAGAUGAUCACAGCAAUCGACGCCGUCGUCCAACGACGCAAGCGCACCUCCGACGUCGAGCGCCGAGAUCUUCUCCAACACCUCAUCGAAGAAGGCAAAAAGCCCGACACCGGCACCAGCAUGUCCGCGCGCGAUAUUGUCGACCAAAUGGCCGAAAUCCUCCUCGCCGGCUCCGAGACCACCUCCGGGACCAUUGGCUGCCUCUUCCUCGAACUCGCCCGCAACCCCGACGUCCGCGCAAAACUUUUGGACUCUCUCCCAUCCAAGGGCUUCAACGAUGAAAUCGUUACCAGUAAAUCGGUCCGCAACGAGGAGGAAUACGAGUAUCUUGAGGCGUGCAUCAAGGAGAACCUGCGCCUGCACCCCAUCGCGUCGGAGAUGGGUCGGCGCACCGGCAAUCAGUGGGUUAAUCUCUGUGGCUAUGACCUGCCCCCUCACACCGUUGUGUCGGCUUCAUACCGUGAUCUUCACCGCAAUGAGGCCGUAUGGCCCCAGGCGGAGCGGUUCUGGCCUGAGAGAUGGCUGCCAGAAGACAAGAGAGAUGGGGCUCCCGCACCGGAUAUGGACGCCUAUUACCCCUUUUCUGGAGGCAAGCAUUCGUGCAUUGGCAUCAACUUUGCUUGGGCUGAGAUGAGAAUGGUUGCCGCCAAUCUUCUACAAAGAUUUGAUGUGCUGGAAGUCCCCGGUCAACACAUUGACUUCCGGCAAUACAUCACCAUGCAGUUUGCAACAGGUCACUGGAAAGUUAUUCUCAAGCCGAGAAACUAA